AACCUUGGAGCAGACAUAAUGCUAUAACCACUGUGCCUUCAGUGCUCUGGGAAAGACCAAGAAAUCACGACCACGGACAUUCAUCAAAAAAGAGCCUAGACCGAUUUUGGGGCAUGACGAUCAACUUCCUCUCUUUUUUUGGGACCAAGCAAGCACAGCAGUUCCAGCACAGCAGUUGCAAGCCCAGCGAUACAGGACAGCAACUGCAAGUGGAACAGUGCAGCAAGUCCAACAGGUCCAACAAUUACAAACAAGUGCAGCAGUUACAGCAAGUUCACACAGAGCCAACAGAUGGAAAAUAUACUUGUCUAGAAUGUGAAAGACAUUCUCUAAGCGAAGCAGCUUUUGAGUAUCAAAGAAGACCCCACACAGGUGAAAAGCCUUUCAGCUGUGGCAUUUGUGGGAAAGCUUUUGCAACAAUCGCAACCUUGUGGUUCAUACAGGAUUCAUACGGGGGAAAGACCGUACGAGUGCUCAGAAUGUGGGAAAACAUUUUCACAAAGAAGUAUGUUAAAUGUCCAUCUGAGAAUUCACACUGGAGAAAGACCAUAUCUUUGCAAUGA